AAUUGCAUAAAUUCCAGAAUGGGGCGGCGAGGACGAAUGAACGAUAGAUGCGCAAAGCCGCCGACAGACGUCGUCGAUCUCGUCUCAUCGUCCGACGACGAGGACGACAGCGUGGUCCGCCGGCCCGCAUCGCGCCCGUCGCCCUCGCCGCGCGCGCCGCCAGCAUCGCGCCCCGCGCCACCGCCGCAACAAGCGCCCUCGCCGCCAGCGCUAUCAAUGCAACGAUCGACACCGCCAAUAUUCUUUGAGUGGACGCCCGCCUUGCGCGACGACUUGUCCCGACCGCUCAUGUCCAGAUGCUAUGAUGCGUUGGUGUACGACAGCAGCGACUUUGAGAAACCAUUGCGCACGGCUUCCCCAGACGUGGAAAAGCACAGCGCGAAGCGUCCGCUGCGAACCAGCGACGGGCCAACUGCCAUGGACGGCAACCCGGCCAAGCGGCAACGCGACGAUGACGGCGCGCCUGCCGCGAGCAACUGUGCCGUGCUACCUCCACCGAUGCACACCAGCGCGAGCAGCGGCGUUGCAGCGGCCGCCCUCGAACACAAGCCAGCACCACUUGCGCCGGGAACGCCAGCCGCACCGCACGUGGUCACGGUGAAGCGCAAGAAGCCUGCGCUUCCGACGUCUGCGAUCGUGUCGAGCCCCGUGACAAAGCCUCGGCGGGCGCUGCCGCCACCGCCGCCCGUCGGCGAGUGCUCGCGCAAAGUUCUCCUCUUUUUCCAGAACUUGAAAUCCAGCGACAAGCACGACGUCGACAUCAGCGGCCCGCCCGACAACGACGUGACGGUGGUCAGCGACGACGAUGAAGAGAUUCGCACCAAAUUGCAGAAGGUGGUCGACCUCACCGUCGAGUCCAACGACGACGACGACGACGACAGCAGCAGCAGCGAUGGCUACGAAGCCUACGACAUGGCGAUGUACAUGUCGUCGUCCGACGACGACGACGACGACGACCCGGCGUUCACCGAUUCGCCCAAGACGAAGAAGAAGCAACGGCAGCCGAAGAAGCGCGUUGACGGCGUCUGCUUUCUCUGCAACGAGCCCGCCGACAGCGUCAAGCCAGGUGUCUACUGCGACGGCUGUGAUCGCGUGUACCACACGGCCUGUGCGAUCGAGUACGGCCAGGAAGCAGUGUGCUGGGAGUGCGAAGAGCGUGAAUACAUCGACGACGAAGAGCUCUCGGACUCGGAGCGCGACCGGACGCACGCAGUGCUGCACGGCAUCCGCGAGGUCAAGAAGGAGCCGACGGCCGACGAGGCGGGUCGCCCGCGCGUCGACGGCUGGCGCGAGUUUCUGGACGAGAACACCGCAGUGUACGACGCGGACUUCAAGCGGUCGACGCGCGAGAUUGAGAACCGCACGGGCUUUGCCACGACGCUCGAGGCGGACUUGCAAAAAGUGUUUCGCCACUUUGCCGACCAGCAGAUGAAGGCCGAAGCGCUCGAAGCCAAGCAGCUGGCUGCCCGCGACGCCUCGACGGUCGACGAACCUCCUCGCUGCGUGGCGCCGCGCACAACGGUCGCAACGCUUUUCCCAGCCAACGACGACGACGAUAUGCACGUGCCACCGGCCGCGCCGAUCCUCAAGAUGACGAUCGUCAACGGCCUCAGCAAGCUCGUCGAGCGCGCCGAGGCAGACUUGCGAAACGCAAGGCUCAAGGCGUCCGACAAGCGCCCGGCGGCCCCGCGCGUGUUUGCAGGGCGACACGGCGACGGGUCGAACGCCCACCCGAUCACGCUCAGCAGCGACAGCAGCGAUAAUGACGACGUUGGGACGCCGCGACGGCAACGACACAGGCGCAAGUAG